AUGCCGCGGUUACACUGGGUUGAGCUGAGGAAGGGGCGGGGGGAGGUCAACAGAAGUAAGAAGCUGGCUCGUGAUUCCGACAUACAGAACGAGGAGGGGGAAGUUUCCGACGAUGAGGACAACCCGGACUCUAGCAGGAAGCAGCACAAUUGUCAUAGCAACCGGAGGGAAUCGAUGAAGCGAUAUAAACUGUGCAAGGAGCUGUCAGAUCAGGUGAACUACUGCGAGGCGGUGAGAUUCAACGACAUCCAAUCUGCGCAGAAAACACAACAUUUCUGGGAGACGUGUUCGCUGAGUGAGUCGGCUGCGGCGAAGCUCGCGCAUGGCUGCCCUGAGGACUUUGUCAACUACAAUAAGCACUUUCUAACGCUGGUGCACCCGAAUCAGAACAGGGUCGACUCCAGCAAUUUCAACCCUCACGACAUGUGGAACUGUGGCAGUAGUAUGGUGGCGAUGAACUAUCAGACGCCGGGUCUGAUGAUGGACCUCAACACGGGCUACUUCAUGCAGAACGGAGGCUGCGGCUACGUGCUGAAGCCAGCGAUCAUGCGCGAGGAGAUCUCCUACUUCAGUGCCAACACGAAGGGAUCGUUGCCCGGCAUCUCGCCGCAGACGCUGCACGUGAAGGUGAUCAGCGGGCAGGAGUUUCCGAAGCCGAAGGGUUCCGGAGCGAAGGGCGACGUCAUCGACCCGUACGUUCUCGUCGAGACGUUCGGCAUUCCGGCCGACUGCGCCGAGUCGCGCACGAAGACCGUCGGAACGAACAAUGUCCUACCUGUGAGCAGAGUGGCAGUGAUAAAAAAUAAAGGUGAAAUGUUUGUGAUCUGUCAGAGAUGUCCUUCACAAGCCAUCGCCAUGGUUACGCACACUAAAAACUUGCUUAAAAACUACUUGGAGCUACCGAGAGUUACUAUAAAAAGCUUUGAGUUCUACAUCAACCUGCGGAGCUAAGCACUCGUCCGCUUCGUAGUAGUUGGGAAUGACGAAUACAUAGGCGACGACUUCAUCGGACAAUACGUGAUCCCGUUCUUCUGCCUACAGACCGGUACUAUUACACAUACUCCAUAUAAAACCGGUACUAUUACACAUACUCCAUAUAAAUACGUGAUCCCGUUCUUCUGCCUACAGACCGGUUACCGGCACAUCAGGUUGUUAUCGAACACCGGAGAGCCACUAGACAAUUCAACCCUGUUUGUACACAUAGCAAUCACGAACACUCGCGAAUCUGAGGGAAAACCACAGGGCAAGCGAGGCAGCACUGUGCGAAAGCCGAGUAAGCACUUGCGCGAGGGCAGCUGUGUCAAGCUCAUCGGUGUCAAGAGCCUGGACGACUUGUUCAAGGCAACCCGGCCCACGCCGCGAACCAGAUCGUCAUCGAGCAACGAGUUUCCACGUGUCGAGGUCACCGGUAUUGUACCAGACUCUCUUCGCAAGGUUUUAACUGCAUUUUCAAAUAUGGUAGAGGCUUGCAAAAAUCUCAUAGACAAUGCAGAACCAUUAAAGGAUAAGUUGCUGGCGGUGGACGAGAAGGCACUCGAGUCUUACGCAGACCUCAACGAGCUCUGCACCCUCGCCGGUCUAAAGGGCCGAAAGAUCACCAAGGAAGCCAUCGCUGUGCAGACAUCCAUGAAGCAAUCACAUCCAUCUGCGAAGCAGGGACCGAGGGCGAUCGUUCUCGCGGUGCCAUCCACCGUGUAG